AUGUGCACUAGUGUUGAGUGGAAAAAGUUUGUUGAUUUAUUGCCAGCUACCAUCUCUAUAUUUGUCCAGUUUUGUAAUGUCGGAGUACGUGCUGGUGCACUACCUAUUUACCGAUUCUCUGGAUUCAUUCAGGCAUUGUCUCUCAGUCCUUAUAGAUUUUGUAAUGUCGGAGUACGUGCUGGUGCACUACCUAUUUACCGAUUCUCUGGAUUCACUCAGGCAUUGUCUUUCAGUCCUUAUAGAUGUGAAAUGAUGACGCUGGACGGGAACGAACGGCGUCGUAUUACGCCGGACACACCGACGUCGCCUACACACGGAUCCGUCGUGCUACGUAACGCGCGUCCUUUCAAUCUUAGAGACAAUUCUCCCGCAAAUCGCCAUUCCUAUCAUGGAAUAACGUCACCGUUGAUGUCGCCCAGAGAACGACCAGAUCAAAUGAAACGCUUCUCCCAGCAACUUCUACAGUAUCCGCUACCGUAUGGCGACCCAUUCUGCGGGAAUAAUCACAUUCAACUUUCAAGGAAACAGGUAUGUUUGUGGCGUUAACU